AUGGAUUUGAUGAGCUGGUUGUGGGAACAUCAUCAGUUUCUAAUGCAACAAUGUUUUUCACUUCCAUUUGCAUUUUUGUUUUAUUUUCUUGCUAAAUGGGGAUAUCUGUCCUUGACAUACAGGUACCUGUUUGUUUCCGUUGGAGGAUGCGUCCUGGCAGUCAUCACUAUGGGCAUCUACAGCUUGCUUCUGUUCACCUCUACCUUUGUCUUUAUUCUGCUUGUGUUCUCUGUGGAUUCAAGCUGUGUCCACGCCUGGGUGUUUGGUAUCCAGAUGUUGUGGCAGACCUUCUGGCACCUGCUUAUACAGUACAGGGAAUACUACUUGCAAGAGCCUGUCAGCAUCAGAUUGUUUGUAGCAGUGUCCUCUUUGAUGCUGCUCACUCAGAGAAUGACCUCAGUGUCCAUGGACCUCCAGGAGAAACGAGUUCUGCAAGCAUUUAAAGCGUUGUCCAUUAGGAAGACUUGUGUGAUGCUCCUUCCGUUUAUCAGCUACAUCCUCAAUUUCACCACAAUGCUUGGUGGGCCUUUGUGUUCCUACAGCCAAUUUGUGUCCUUAAUGGCAGGGAUCAGCUUCAACCAUUCACCUCAUCCACUGGGUGUAGUCUUCCUAAAGUUGAUGCAGGUGUUAUUGCUGGAGUGGGUAAGGUAUUGUCUUGUCUAUUUUCUUAAACAUAACACCUAUGAUCCCUCCAACUCUAUCAAUCUCUAUGGCAUCCUGUGGGUUUGGGGUCUGGCGGUGGUUUUGAGGAUCCAAUAUUAUUCUCACUGGAGGAUCAGUGAAAGCCUCAAUAACGCAGCUGGGUUUGGCUACUGGGACAAUGGACCAGGAGAUUCCCCAGACUGGAGCAGACUAUCCGAUGGAGAUUUCUGGACCAUCGAAGCAUUGGUUCGUAUGUCAGAGUUUGCCCGUCGAUGGAAUGCCACAACAGCUUUGUGGCUGCGUAGACUGGUUUACAGAAGGUGCAAACGUUUCCCAUUGUUUAUGACUUUUAGCUUCUCAGUGUUGUGGCAUGGCUGCCAUUUAGGUCACUUUGUGGGAUUUUUUACCUGGGCAGCAACAGUGAAAGCAGAUUAUCAUAUACACAGGCACUUGUGCCCAAAACCAUCAUCAACAUGGAGGAAAAUAUACACUUGUUUAAGCUGGAUAAACACUCAAAUGAUUGUUGCUUGUAUCGUAAUAGCAGUAGAAUUAAGAAAUAUGUCUGGUUUAAGACUUUUGUCUAUAACGUACAUAGGUUUGUUUCCACUUUUCAAUAUAAUUCUUCCUUUUAUCUUCAUAAAACUCAACACAAUUUAUUAAUUUAUUCAUCUAAGCCCAUUUUUGUGUUAAUA